AUGAAGCUUGUCUUCCUGACCCGAACCCGCGGCUGGGCUCGCAGGAGACCUGUCAAGGGGUCUUCGAGGGCCGCUUCCGAUCUCCUCGCCCCUCCCCUCCUGCGAGGCCGGUUCCCGAGAGGAGGGCGGCAAGACCAGAGAGCGAAGUUGGAGGCAAUGGACGCGAGGGGGAUUGCCGAGCGCUGCCUGAGGCGGAGACACGCGCCAGCCAGCUCUCCUCUGUCUUUCUCGGCGGAAUCGGAAGCCACGCGGCGUGGCGUCAGACUGAUAUACUGCGAAGAGGCCCCCCAUAAGAUGGAGGUUGGAAGCAGAGAGCCCACUCUUUUGCCUCUGCGUCCUCCCUGUGAACUUUGCCCUCCCCCUUCUUCACGGGGCGCCUCCUCGGCCGCGCCUCGCUCUCAGGUUGAGUUCGCUAUCUCCACUUCUUCUCUCUUCCCACCUCGUCAGUCACCUGGCACGACUUUUGCACUGUCGAGCCCCAUCGCCCACGCCUCCCCUCAAGCUUCGCACGUGUGCGCGGUUCGCGCCUACUCCUCUGUCUGCUUCUCCUCUCCCAAGUUCCGGUGCGCGGGCUCAGGGCGCUGCGCGGGCUUAGGGCGCUGCGCGUCUCUUUCGUCCCUCUAUUCUUCUUCGUCCGCGGUUUCGUCGCGCGUCUCAAACUGCCUCACUGUUCGCUUGCCUCAGUCGCUGUCUGCCGGCGCAGCCGCGCGUCCUCUGCAGCCCGCGGCUGCGAGAGGGGCGGGUCGCCUGUCUCUUUUCCACGCCGCUGCGCUUCAUUCGCUCGCGCCUCGAGGCGCGACGCGCCUCCACUCUUCGUCCACGAGGAGCGCCACUUCGUCGGGCUCUUCCGGCGAGCACUCAAACCCGCGACCCGCGAGCCCGCCGCCUCUCCAUGACUCUCUCGCGCUGUGUCGCGGCCGUCGGGUGGAGGAAGUUACCUCGCUCUCAUCCCGCUUCCUUCCGCGGCCGUCUGUGCACUCCGGGCUGCUUGUGCGCGCCGGCAGUUCGUCGUCGCUGAAUCCGCCUCGCUCCUCUUCCUCUCCCCUCGCUUCGCCCUCGCUGCCUCUGGGUCGCACAGCCGCUCUUCCUUUGAAUGCGGGUCAGGGUCCAGCGCUUUUCGAAUCUCGGCGAUUCUUCUACUACCGUUUCCACAAGCACAUCGGCAAAGGCAACUUCAACAGGUACCUGGAGUUCUAUCAGAAGCCGCGCGGGAUCGAAAACACGCUGAGACUUCGGUACAACUACUCGGCAACGUUCACGGCGAAGAAACGCAGCGAGAUGUGGAAAGUCAACCUUUUGAAGAAGAUCGCGCAUGCAACCGACGCAAAACAGGUCCUCGACGUGUGGACCUACUACAGGCACCGCCGUAGCAAGCGCCCGUAUCACUAUCUGUGCGCCCUGCAGCGUCUCGUAGAAGUCGGCGGAUGCGACCCUACGGACUUCCGCUUCCGCCUCAUCGCCAAUGGCGUCUAUCGGAGCGCCAAACGCUUCAUCAAUUUGCCGCGCGUCUGCGUUUAUCUAGCCAAGUUGAAUGCGACGGGAGAUCUGCAGGAACUGGCUCGGUUCCUGACUCCACAAGUUGGCGCCUACUUCCCUCAUCAGCUCUGUCUCCUCGCGCAUGCCUACGGCUCUGUUCGCCUGCAAGACAAAGUCCUGUUCGCCGCCGUCGACGAAGCGCUGCGGCCGCAGCUCUCUGGUCUCUCCGCGGCGAUGCUUCUCAAACUCACGCAGGGCUACGCAGGAGCGCUGAUUCAUAACUACGGCCUCUUGGCGCGAGUCUCGCUCAUCCUGCAGCAGCGCGUUUGGAGAGCCGCGGUCGGCGAAGAGGACGAGGGAGAGCGUGAGAGAAGCGAGCACGAGGCGGUGGAAAGAUCCAAAAAACGCGGCGUGAGAGACGACGACGAGAAAGGUCGCGACGAAGAAGACGAUCUGGAGGCGUGCUCCAGGCAGACCCGCGCAAAACGCCACGUCGGACCCCGCUGCCCGAGCCUCGAGCAACUUUUUGCUUUCGGCCGUGUCUUCGCCGAGUUGAAGUACCAAGACUUUAGCUAUUUCGAGACGCUCUCGCUGCAAAUGCAAGCUGCGCUCCGCGCCGACCUCGCAGCAUCGCCAGGUCGGGAGAGAUUUCAGAGAUUCUCGCCGCAGUCAGUCCAGGAGCUAACCGAGGUUCUCCAUCGCCUCAAAGUCAACGACGUGACGCUUCUGCAGGCGAUCUUGAAUCACGUCCACAAGCGGCUUUACGACUACCCGCCUUCCUGCCUCGCCGCGAUCGGUCUCUACACUGCGCAGAUGCUUCCGUGCGAGGAGCCCUUCAUCCGUCAGGUGCACACGGAAAUGCUGGAGAUCCUCCAAGAGGCGAUCUCCGUGCUGGACUUGCGCAGUCUGGAUCAACUGGCUGCGUUUGCGAAGAAGGCGAAACCCAAGCGGAACCGAUCGGCGAUCCGCGCGACCAUCCUGGCGGCGGUCGAAGCACGCGUCCUAGAGCUUCAGGGCGACGGGCACACAAUCUUCGAUGUCGGGAGGCUCCUCGAGCUCCUCUCCCUCAACGGACGGCAAAUCAGCGAAGAGGCCUUCCAGGUGCUGUGCCGGCAGGCCCAUCGGCAUCUAGAUCUCUUCGAGCCUCAGGACUUCUGUCGCCUCUCGCGCGCUCUGGCGCGUGUGAAGACUCAAGCCGGCGCCGCGGGCAAGGCUGAGGGCGCAUUCUGUUCGCCGUCUCUAGUCAAUGCAUUGGCGCGGCGCGCGCUUCGGCAGCAGGACGAAUUCUCUCCAAGAGAUUUUCUCAAUCUCAUGCGUUCGCUGUGGCUCGCGGGCCCCCCAGACCGCGUGUAUGCAGUUCCCCUGGGAGAGAAGCUAAGGAAGAAACAAGUUAUUCACGACUACUUUCCGCCGAGCGACAGACAGACAGAGAGUCCAGGCGACGAGGAGAGCGAGCUGUCGGUCUCCGACUUGCCGGUGGCGUCUCGCCAAACGCCGGCGCUGAGCCCAGGCCGCCUGCUGCUUGGGCGACACGCGGUUGACAAGCAAAAGGCAGCUCAUGACCCCCGCGGCGCGUCAUCGGAGGAGUCAACCGGAGUGGAAGCCGGUGCCGAAGAGCAAGGUGUCCCAGAGGGCGCGGACGAUGCGAGGAACGAAUGCACUCUUGUAGAGGGCGCCCGCAGAAGACUCCGCCGCAAACGCCUGGAGGAAAAACUCAGAAUCGCCGAAGAAGAAGGCUGGGACCUCCUUCACAGGCGCGUUGCCUCUCUGCGCGAGCUCAGAGGGUGGAUGUGA